AUGUUCAAAGUGGUCGAAAAGUGGCUUCAAAUAUACUUCAAAUGCAUCAUAAAUGUGGUAUUGUAUUACAGAAACGUAUAUCCUAAAGAGUCUUUCGAUUGGACUACAUAUCAAGCAUUCAACUUACCACGGCAUAUACCGCUAAAUCGACACCCUCAGCUACAAGAAUACGUGGAAACUCUUGUCACAGAUGUUAUUUCAAAAUUAGGGUAUAUCAAAAAUUUCAACCUACGGAUUGUGAACCAGGAAGAUGGGGCCUGUAUUGAACGGUAUGUCCUUGAUUUUAGCGAAUUCCGACAUGAAGAAGUAGGAAACACAACGGAAUUAGAGAUAUUUGACGAGAUGCGUUCUAGUUUGAACAGUUUAAUCGCUCAACUUGAAAAGCUGCCGAAAAUCAGACCAGGCAGCGUCACAUUUGAAAUUGUUAUCGACUCUGAAGGCCUUGAUCUGGGCCACAGAAUGAACCGGGUACAUACUCUCAAAGAAAGGCUAGAACAGGAGCAGGACACCAACUGGGUGAAAUGCUCAGAAGGUUCUUUCACUGCGGAGCCAAGACCAAAACGAUCGCAAGCUCAGGACCCCCGCAUCAAGAUGAUAGCUUUAGCAGGAUGCGAUUCGGGCCCCUUAGUAAUAUAUCAGUUUAUGGAAAGGCUUCUUGCACCGACUGGCGAAAGCCUGUCCCAAGUGUAUGAGAGUUCACAAACGAGUGAAAGCUCGGUUCUCUUCUCUUGA